UGGCUGAGCGAUGAGAGGAAUAUGAUACCUUGAAAGGUAGGAGGGAGUCGUGUAGCAUAGACUGCAAGCCUGUAUGAUAGAAUUGUAUUCUUAAUAUCGGAACGGUUACAAUAGCCGGCUGGGAUCCACGGCCGAUGUCGCGUAUCUAUAUCUGUCGACGGCGGGUUGAUAUAAUCACGCCCUUGGGAUCUGGAACGCCGACGACUUUUUGACAAGCAGGUAUCUGGCAAAUAGGUAUAUCUCCAUCUUGUGAUGGCUUGCCAGGAUCCCAGAACAAUAGGUCACCCGCUUCCGAACCUCUCAGCUCUCUCAGCUCUCUACGCACCUUGGCUGUGCAACCAUCCCGGCACAGCCUUGUAUAUAAAGUUUCCACUCCUCACUCCUCCAGCUCUCAUCGCUCCUUCAACUCUCAUAUCACUCACUCAGCACUCAUCAAACCUCCUAAGAUACCAUUGAGACUCAACAUGGAAGCCAAACCCAAGCAAAUCAUCAUCCUUGGAGCCGGCGUCACUGGCCUCCAAACCGCCCUCUCACUCCUCACCUCCCCCCACCAGACCUCAGCCUCGCCCUACAAAAUAACUCUUAUCGCCAGCCAUGUGCCCGGCGACGUCUCAAUUCAAUACACUUCUCCCUGGGCUGGCGGGCACUGGCGUUCUCACGCCACUCUGUCCGCUUCUGACUCCGAGUCUCGAGAGUGGGAUGGUAGGACCUAUUCGUACUGGAUGCAGUUGCUGAAAAAUGGAGACGGGAAAGAAGGGGAAAGCUAUGAGGAGAGAGUGCAGAGAAUUGGAUUGGCCAUCAAGGAGAGUAGGAAUUACUGGGGUAAGGCAAGUGAGGAGACGGCCGCUGGGGGGGUCGGGCUGUGGUGGCGCGAUGUUGUAGAGGGAUUUGAGGUGCUUGAUCUACAAGGUGGGCAUUGGGAGCAAAAAGGAGAAAAACCUCCCAAUGGCUCGGUGUUCGCCAUUAACUACCAGUCCAUAGCCAUCAACGUCCCGCAAUACCUCUCCUACUUAGAAGAAAGGGCUACGCAGCUCGGAGCUCGCAUCAUCAAGUCCUCUGUCGACGUCUCAAAUGGACUUGAGGGUGUAGUGCGGGACGCCAAACGUAUCCUCCUCUCCUCGGAUCCAUCCCUCAGUGAAAACUCCAUCUUCGCAUUGGUCAACGCCACGGGAUUGUCAGCCCGCCACUUCGUCGGUCCUGAAGAAGCGGCAAAGCUCUAUCCGGCUCGAGGACAAACCAUCCUCGUCAAGGGAGAAGCCCAGAUGUGUCGCACAUACGUCGAUGAUCCCUCGGCCAAAGACGAUGAGAUCACGUAUGUGAUCCCACGCCCCGGCUCCGGGACUACGAUCCUCGGGGGCUGUAAACAGGCUGGCUCUUGGGAGGAAAAUGUAGAUGAGGACCUCCAUGCGAGGAUCUUAGAGAGGGUGGAAAAGCAUGGCAUGGCGGAGGAGCUUAGGACUGGGCAAGGGCGCAGCUUCGAGGUUCUGGCACGUCAGGUGGGGUUCAGACCGGGGCGGAAGGGAGGGCCGAGAGUCGAGCUUGAGGAACGAGGAGGAGGGAAUAUAGAUGGGAUUUGGGUCGUGCAUUCGUAUGGCCAUGCGGGUGCGGGGUAUCAGAACAGUAUUGGUAGCGCGGAGAAGGUCGUUGGCCUGAUUGAGGCAUUGUGAUCCCGCUUUGGCAGUUUCUACACUCUGGGGAGAAACCAACGCCUUGGGGCGUUUAAUGAUUCUCGUUGAUUGGAUUUUGAUUUGAGAGCCCCAGUAGUCUGAGAGCCUGAUUAUCUGUUUAUAAGCUUUGUCACAGAACUCCAUUUGAUGAUUAUAGAGAUCACAAAUUGUGUGAAAAAGCCAUCCGUCCAAAGCCAUUGCAAACCCGUACGCGCGAAAAGCAAUUCAGCA